AUGGAACCGGAGCCAACCCUUAGCGCUCUCCUCAAGGCUAUCACAGCCCUCUCCACCCAAGUUGGGUCCCUCCAGGACCAAGUCAAAUCCCAAGGCAAGCAAAUUAUCCAACUUGUUGCCAUAUGCAAGGAGACCAACGACCUUGUUGGAGACAAAGAUCAGGGCGGAGCCCAAGCCAAGCCUGGCCCAUUGACUGGGCCUGUCACCCCUCCUACCCACUUGGGAGGGGAAACCCACACUCCAGGCACGAUUAGGCCUGGACUCAAGGCCCCAUUCCGGCCCCCUAGAAACACAGGCUUUGAAACAGAGGAUGAGGAAGAUCAAAGGCGCCCCAAAAGGGAGCCUCAAGGAAUGCCUAGGAGGCAUCUAGGGUCCCUAACCCCCUUUGACGCAGGGUCCAGCGUAAAGCGACCUAAAAUGGACCUCCCUGAACCUUAUAAAGGCAAUACCAGGGGACGCAAGGCCACGCAAUGGCUGGAUCGAAUGAUGCUCUGGGUUGCUCUCCACAGGGACCAAUUCGACGAGGAAGAGCAAAUGGUGGUAUGGAUCUUGUACCACAUGACCAACAAGGCAGCCAAUUGGGCACUCCCUAUCAUUGGGAACAUCAUCAAGGGCAAGGGUAACCCUCCCACCACCAUCCAGGCCUUAACGGCAAAAUUCAAAGAAGCCUUUGCUGACCCAGACGCAAAGAGGGCGGCUGCCAGAAAGAUUGCCGCGUUGACUCAGACCACCACCACGUCUGAGUAUGUCACAGAAUUCCGCAACCUCAUGGCGGAACUUGACUGGAACACUGAGGCAUACAUUGCCCAGUUUACGCAAGGCCUUCAUUGGAAGGUCAAGGAACUCCUGUCCACCAAGGACAACGUCCCCGACAAUGACCUCAAGGCCAUUUUUGCCGCCUCAAUCAAAAUUGACAACACUCGUUGGGAAAACAAGGAGAACCGCCCAAAAAAGGCGCCCACCAAGUCCUCCCCGGUCACCACGACCACUUCCUCCACUACUGCCACAAGGGUCCGGUUAUCAGAGGACCCUAACUACAUCACCCCGGAGGAAAGAGACCGCCGCUGUGCAUCUGGCCUUUGUGUCAAGUGCGGUCAAAAGGGGCAUGGGAUAAAACAAUGCCCCAAUGGAUGGAAGGCCACCCCCAAGGAGACCGCUAAGGUAGCCCAGGACGAGUCGGAAAAAGAAUAA